AGAGAGCUGCCGUUUCAGUUUGAUAACUAUGAUGAAGAGUGCAGGAGGAGGGAGAAGGGCUGAAGGCAGUCUGCUGACCGACAGAGAACAGAAGUACAGGGAGAAGCACUACCGGAAGUAAACAGCCGCUGUUUGUUUCCAUUUGUACCCGGUAACGCCGUCAUGUCUGAGCUCGUGCUCGUUGACCUCAUCCACUCCUGCCCCACGUGCACAGGCGAGUCUCCGCUGCCGUCCUCGCGGGUCUUCUUGCUGUGCGGUAACAGUUACCGGGACUCCGACUACCUCUCAGAGCUCAUCUCCUGCAGUGACAGCAACAGUGACAGCGCAUGCGUGCUGGACUCGGACACCACAGCGGAGUGCCUGUUACGGUUCAAACAGACCGCGGACCAACUGGACGUGAGCUCGGUCUGCGUCGUGACGUCACCGUGGGGCAAAGACGUGCUGCAGGUGUUCCAGAAACAGCUGUUCACCCCCGUCUACACCUUUGAGUACAAACUGGUGGACCUCACCUGUCCGAGCUGCAGAGACUCCGCCCACAAGCCCUCAUCUAGUGACAUAGAAGAGGAAGUGGCGACGCUGAUGCAGCAGCUUCCCGCGCUAAGAGGAGAGAUAUCUGUCCUCAGGUCUACUCUGAUACCAGAAUGUUUCGGUCACGGCUUCUCCACCCGUGGCGGCGGCGUGUCCUCCAUCUCCACCAUGUCCUCACUGAACCUGUUCAACAGCAGUAGGAGGAGGGACUCUGUUGCCGCGGUGACGGAGAACAGACGCCGUCUGGCCCUCCAUGCUGGUUUCCCCGCUCAGCAGCUCCGUCUGGUCAAGGUGAACCACGCCUCUGAUGUUUGGGUUCUGGGGAAAGAGGAGCCGGAGAGUUAUGACGCCAUGGUAACCAACUGGACCGGGGUGGUUUUAGCCGCCCCGGGCGCUGACUGCAUGCCGAUCCUGUUCGCCGACCCGGUGGCUAAAGUAAUUGGAGUCGCACAUGCAGGAUGGAAAGGCACUCUGAUGGGGGUUGCCAUGGCAACAGUGGAGGCCAUGAUGACAGAGUUUGGUUGCCGUGUGAGGGACAUCCUGGUUGCCGUGGGACCGUCAGUGGGGGCGUGUUGUUUCACUUUGUAUAAAGAACAAGCGGUCGACUUUUACAACAUCCACCCCAACUGUGUGCCUGAUCCAGAGUCAGACUCGCCGCAUGUCAACAUCCGGCUCGCCAACAGACUCCUCCUCCAGGGCAGCGGCGUCCUCCCGGAGAACAUCCAUGAUGACACAGUGACGGAGCGUCCAUCUGUGACUCCCUGCACUUCCUGUCACCCUGAACUCUUCUUCUCUCACCGCAGAGACGGGAUGGAGUUUGGCACCCAGGUGGGAUACCUGUGGAUCAGAGAGACGGAGGGACUGGUGUGACUCCGCCCUCUUAAAGGAGGCAGGUGGACUGGAGACUCAGGGAACAGCUGAUUGGACAGUUUGUGAUGUUCAUAGAAACUAAGAUUGAUGUAAUUUUCAAUUCUUUGAUACUAUUUGAUAGAUUCUCUUUUAAUGAUUGCUGAUUUAGAAUAGCAGUGAAGAAAAUGUCGGAUUUUCUCUGGUAUUUUAACUUAAAAACUUCUGUGUCAAAAGGAGAGCGCUCUGAGAGUCGGCUCACUUUUUUGAGAUUAUUUUUGGAGCUUUUUUGCCUUUACUUGGACAGAACAGCCUCCACAAACUGGCGCCUGCACAACACUUCAGAACAGUCUGUAGUCCCUCAGGUGGUUUUGGCUUCUCACUGAGACAUUAAAGUCAUGAUUUAGUCUCUGAUGCAGAGGCAGACUUUACCUUUAGGCACAGUAGGCUCUGCCCGGUCACCAGCUACCAGGGGGGUUAGGGGUCGACUACUCAACUCUUUCUGUAAUGUAAAUAAAAUGCAAAGAUUUCUGUGAA